AUGAAGUCAUUGACUACAACACCAGGUAAGACCACAUAACACUUCAGAAUUAAUAUAGAAUCUCGACAGACUGUUUUAUUUAAUCCAGCAUUUUAUUUAAUCCAGCAUUUUAAACAAAGAUGGCAUGGCAGUCACUAAUGCUCUCUACUGCCAAGGUUUUCAGGCAUCAGUGAAGAUGAUGUGAAAGGAACAAGCUCGUCCAUACGAGAUGUUCAGGAAACUCUUCUGAGCUUUGUCAGUGCAGAGACUAUACUGAUUGGCCACGGUUUAGAAACUGCCAUCACUGCAAUUAAGGCGAGUUGAACUGCAUUAGUUAUUAAUAAUAACUAUUUAUUAGUGAAUGCACACCGAUAUGGAAAGUCUAUAAAUCGAUAUCAGUUGCCUGAUACAGUAUAAAUUAAUAUUGAAAUAAAAAACAUUACAACUGCCAAUGAGAAUUGUCUUUGAGCAUAUUUUUUUGUCCAGGACUAGGCCUAAUCUCUGUGCAUCUGGGAAACUGGCCCAUAAAGGUUCUCCCCCUGCCUGUCUCAGCUGCUCCACGGCACCGUGGUGGACACCGCCUGGGCCUGCCUCAUAAAAUUACCCUCCACAACCUGACGCCAGACUACCUGAGGAGGAUCAUCCAGGAGAGUGGUGGGUCAAACAAACAAGUCUCUGGCAAUGGGAAGGAUGCCCAUCUACUGUGUGUCAUUAAGUUUUAAACAGUCAAACUGAUCAUGAUGUAAGCAGGGAAAGUUGUUUGCAUGAAUCUUUUAAUGAAAAGUGUUUCACAAUCCCAACUCUGUCCAUUCACUGCUUACAGUUAAAUGUGUUCUUAGAACACUAGUAAAAAAAAGGAACAUGGCAGUUGAGACUGAAUCUGAGAGACUAUCAUGUGUUGUGUAGUAGGCAACAGUCCUAAACGUGUAUCCACUAAUUUGAGAAUCAUUCCUAAUCCAAGGUUUUCAGAUUUUGUGUGUGUGUGCUAGGUUUACAGUAACUGUGUGUAUGGUAUUGUUCUGCUCCCUUCCAGUAGGUGGCCAUGACUCUGCAGAAGAUGCUGCUGGCUGUAUAGAGCUCAUGCUGUGGAAGGUCAAAGAAGAUGGCAAAACUAAACAA